GCAGGUGAAGUACCUGGGGUUGAUCAUCACCAAAGGACACCGGUCCUUGGGACCAGAGAGAAAAAGGGUGAUUUGCUCCAUGCCCAUUCCCAACACCAAGCAGAAGCUCCAGGAGUUUCUCGGGGUGGCAGGCUUCUGCUGCAUAUGGAUUCCUGGCUAUGGACCCCUUGAGUGGGGUGGUAGCCAAGACAUGGCUUUCUGGGAAAUCAAAGCACUGCUCCAAAGUGCCCCAGCACUAGGACUUCCAGAUGUCACCUGAGAAUUCAAUCUAUUCAUUCAGGAUAGAAACAAGACAGCACUUGGGGUCCUUACCCAGACCACUGGGCCUUGGCAGAGACCAGUAACAUAUAUGUCUAAACAGUUGGAUGCAGUGGCAUUAGGAUGCCCCCUUGUCUCUGAGCCUUAGCUGCCACGGUCAUUUUGAUGAAGGAAGCUGACAAGCUAACCUUAGGCCAGACUGUCCAUAUCAAAGUGCCCCACUCAGUGUCCACCCUUAUGAGCAGUCCGAGGCACCAGUGGCUCUCAAAUGCUUAUUUAACCCACUACCAAGGGCUGCUCUAUGAAAACCCAUGGGUCACCAUUGAGACUGUGCAUGGCCUCCACCUAGCCACAUUUCUACCCACAAAGGAGGGGGCCCCAGAUCUCGACUGUGAGGAGGUGGUAGAUGAAAUCUUUACUAGUUGGCCAGGCCUCAAGGACUGUCCCCUCCCAAAGGCAGACUUAAACCUGUUCACUGAUGGAAGCAGCUAUGUCCAAAAUGGGGAGAGCUAUGCAGGGUAUGCAGUCACCACUGCCAUUGAAGUGGUCGAGGCAGCCCCCUUGCCCAGAGGCUGGUCGGCACAAUCGGCAGAAUUACAUGCCCUCAUUCAGGCCCUGUGCCACAUGGAAAGCAAAGUGGCCAGUAUUUACACUAACUCUAAGUGCACCUUUGCAACUGUCCACAUACUUGGGGUGAUAUAUAAGGAAAGAGGGCUGCUCACAGCAGGAGGAAAAGAAAUGAAAAAUAAGGAAGAAAGUCUCAGACUGCUAGAGGGAGUUUGGAAGCCCAAAGAGGUAGCUGUCAUGCAUUGCAAGGGCCACCAUAGAGGAACUGAUCUUAUCUCUACAGGAAACCAGCUGGCUGACCCAGAAGCUAAGGCAGCCGCACUGCAAAAAGAGCCUGUACAGGCCCCCACCCACUUAUUCAGUCACCCCUUGGCUCCGAGAGGAUGUGGGAAAGCCAGAAUGCUCUAAGGAAGAAAACCAGUGGGCACAGCAGGAGGGAGAAAAGCAGGGUGCUGGGGGAUGGUGGCUACUCCCUGACAACAGACCGGUAGUGCCUAGGAACUUGGCUCACACCAUCGUUACUCAGUGCCGUGGUCUCACCCACCUAGGUAAAACUGCUCUGGAGACCUUAUUCCAUAGCUAUUACUAUACUGCAACCCUCCCUAAACUCUGUGCUGUAGUAAGCAAUC